UCUCUCUCUCUCUCUCUCUCUCUCUCUCUGCGCACAUCCAUGGCUGAAGCUUCAGGACUCUUUAGCGCUACACUCACUCCAUGUUUCAAUUCACUCAACAAAACUAUCCCUUUCUCUCACUUUCAGUCUCACUCUCACCUAAUAAUCUUUCGUAAGCGCCCGAUUCAUUGCUCACUUUCCACAAGUGACACCGCCAAAUCCACAGCGACCCAGACUGUCCCCUGGGGUUGUGAUAUUGAUUCCUUAGAAAACGCUUCGGCAUUGCAGAAAUGGUUGUCAGAGUCGGGUCUUCCGCCCCAGAAAAUGGCCAUACAAAGAGUGGAAGUGGGAGAAAGAGGACUUGUUGCUUCGAAGAAUAUAAGGAAAGGCGAGAAGUUGCUCUUUGUGCCUCCAUCACUAGUUAUCACCGCAGACUCAGAGUGGAGCUGUGCGGAGGCUGGCAAAGUGUUAAAACAGAAUUCUGUACCAGAUUGGCCACUACUUGCAACUUACCUGAUUAGUGAAGCAAGUCAAAUGAAAUCUUCAAGGUGGAGAAAUUAUAUUUCAGCCUUACCUCGACAGCCCUAUUCACUACUGUACUGGACGCGAGCAGAACUUGAUCGAUAUUUGGAAGCAUCACAGAUAAGAGAGCGUGCAAUUGAGAGGAUUACCGAUGUUAUUGGAACAUAUGAUGACUUACGGCUCAGGAUAUUUUCCAAUUAUCCUCAUUUAUUCCCUGAAGAGGUAUUCAAUAUUGAAACCUUCAAAUGGUCAUUCGGCAUUCUUUUCUCACGCUUGGUUCGGUUACCCUCGAUGGAUGGAAGAGUUGCCUUGGUUCCAUGGGCUGACAUGAUGAAUCACAGUUGUGAGGUGGAUACUUUUUUGGAUUAUGAUAAGCCAUCAAAGGGAGUAGUCUUUACCACAGACCGACCAUAUGAGCCAGGUGAGCAGGUUUACAUUUCGUAUGGCAAAAAGUCUAAUGGAGAGCUAUUGCUGUCAUAUGGAUUUGUUCCGAAAGAGGGUACCAACCCUAGUGAUUCAGUUGAGUUGUCACUGUCACUUGAGAAAUCUGACAAAUGUUAUAAGGAGAAGUUGGAAGCUCUGAGGAAGUACGAAUUGUCGACAUCUCAGUGUUUUCCCAUACAAAUCACUGGUUGGCCAGUGGAGUUAAUGGCAUAUGCUUAUUUAGCAGUCAGCCCUCCAAGCAUGAGCAGACAGUUUAAAGAGAUGUCUGCUGUGGCAUCAAAUAAAAAUACCACCAAGAAGGAUUUAAGAUACCCUGAAAUAGAGGAACAAGCACUGCAAUUCAUAUUGGAUGCUUGCGAAUCUAGCCUAUCAAAGUACAACAAAUUCUUGCAAUCAAGUGGAUCAAUGGAUUUGGAUGUGACAUCUCCAAAGCAACUGAAUCGAAGACUGUUUCUGAAACAGCUAGCAGUAGACUUGUGUACUAGUGAACGGAGAAUUCUAUUCCGUACACAAUACAUACUGAGAAGGAGAUUGAGGGAUAUAAGGAGCGGUGAAUUGAGAGCUCUGAGACUCUUUGAUGGGUUGAGGAAGCUAUUCAAUUGAGGGUAUCUCUGAAUGUAGUGUGUACUUGGAUGUUCAGAUGAAUAUACCUAGACUAUAUUACUAAUGAAAAUGGUGGGAUUCUUCUCAUCUUAUGCGACCUGAAGCAAGGGAUUGGAGCUUCAGGCUGGCUGCGAUUCUCCAGGAGUUUUUUGCCCUGUUUAAGUUUAGAUGCUGUCAUGUCAUUAAUACUUACUGCUUAAAAAAUAAACACCCCCCCCCCAACAACAAAAAAACCCCCUUUCCCCUAGCUCCCAAAGAGGAAACUGUACCCAACUAUUAAAGUAAAUUUCUCGUGGUAUUUGAUGUUGCACAAACAACUUCCAUUGUUCAAAGUUUUUGUUAAUGAGAUCUCAUUGAGCAUCGAGCUUGGUUUGUGUUUGA